GGAAGACGAGGAGGCGCGGUCGGGCGGCCUGCAGGGCCUGUGCCGCGUUGCUAUGGCGAUCUCGCAGCCCACGGCCAUGGCGGACGAGGAGUCGGAGCGCGACAGCGUCCACACGGGCGAGUCGCGGGAGCUGAGCGAGGAGCUGCACCAGGACCUGGCCCAGUUCUCCAUUUCCCAGCUGCACUCCUUGGUGGAGGAAGCCAGGUGCGGCGAGAAGAACCCGCGCGGCGGCUCCGGCUCUUCCUCCGACGCACACCCACUUGGGGCCCCUCAAAGACACCCCCUUUCCUUCCCCCCGACUGGCUGGCAGCCAUCCCUGUGGGCAAAGGGAACGACCUACCCUGGGGCGGCGCGGGUCUCCCGUUCACUUCUAUGGCAGAAAGCGGAGGAGCAUAGCUAGGGGGCAGGUUUGGCUGUAAAUCGCAUUCUAGCCAUCAGCCUUACUAAGGAUGGGUUUCACUAACUAAAUCCAAAUAAUAGCCAAGGUUACAUCCGUACCAUACAUUUAUAGCACACAUAUACCACCUGGACUGUCAUGGCUUGCCACUAAGUCUCCUGGGAAUUUUGUAGUUUGCACAUCACAGAGCUGUCAUUACCAGCACACUUAACAAGCUAAAGUUCCCAGGAUUCUUUGAGUGAAGAAAUGCACUUUAAAUGUGCUUUAAAGGUAUGGUGUGGAUGUAACCCAAGAUAUGGGGCUUUUCAGUUUUAUUAACCCCCUCCCCGCCAAUGCUAUGAAUAUGUGUGCUUUACCCUCUCUAGCCCUACAAUGUUGUUCCCCGACCUGUAAGGAAACAUGUCACCAAACUAUACUAAAUUCAGAAAACAAGCUCAAGAAAAAGUUCAGGAUGUGUGCUGUAAAUGGAAAAGUUACAGGAAACAGUGAUGCUGUGUGCAGACCUGUGGCAGUCACCCUGUAUGACUGCUACCUGUGGUAAACUUAAAUGGUAUACACACACUUUUCUCAUAUGCACUAAGAUGUUGAGAAUUUCAAGCAAGAAUAUUAUACCCCAGGAUAUAUUUUAAACUUAAUUUCAUUAGUUAAGGUGUUGAAUGUAACACCUUAAUAAAUAGGUAAGCCAGAAGGGGAAGUGAACGGCAUUUCCAUUGCCUAAGAGGGACUGGUACGGAAAAAAUAUUGGUACUAGACCCUAGGAUCAUAACUGAGAAACAGUGGCUUAGACAGAAGAUUAAACCAAGUAAUCUUCAAUAAAGAUUGUCCCACAGAAGAUGGAAAUAAUUUUCUCAAGAAAUGGAUGAAAUGGCAGUUCCAAGAAGAGGAAUUUUGUUGAUAUUUGUAAAUAUAUAUAUAUAUAUAUAUAUAUAUAUAUAUUUAGAGUUUAUGUGGGACAUUUUAAAGCAUGGGUAGGCAAAACUAAGGCCCGGGGGCCAGAUUCGACCCAAUCGCCUUCUAAACCAGGCCAACAGACGGUCCAGGAAUCUGUGUGUUUUUAUAUGAGUAGAAUGUAUACUUUUAUUUAAAAUGCAUCUCAGGGGUAUUUGUGGGGCAUAGGAAUUCGUUCUUCUCCCUCCCCCCAAAUAUAGUCUGGCAAGGUCUGAGGGACAGUGGACUGGCUCCCUGCUGAAAAAGUUUGCUGACCCCUGUUUUAAAGAGUAAACUUCAAAACUUUUCUUAGGUAGUUAUUGUUCCAGAAUUUAUUGCUGCUUUACCUCAAAUGCAACCCUCAGAGUGGUGCAAAAAUUAUGUUUCCUCUCUCUAAGGAGUAGGUUACCAUAGAUUGCAGCUUGAGGAUUUUGUCUUCCUCAGACUUUGCCUUAAUGGAUACUGCUGUCAUCCCUUUUGGUUUGUGACAUGCAUUGCUCACAUGAACCACUGGGUUUGCUCACCUAAUCUAUCAUCUACCUUCAGCCAUGACAAUGCCAUGCUCAAACUCGAGACAACAAUGUUUGAGAAGACUUUCAAUCGGCUUGAGCCAAGGGACUUGGUGCUGGAAAAGUUUGGCUCUUUGAUGGACAUGGGACAAGCACAACUUGUAAGUUAUGGGAUUAUUUUACAGAUACUGGUAUAGCUGUUAUGGCAGUAUUUGUGGUUUUGAUGGUGCAAAGAGUCUGCUCCCUUGUCCUUUGCUGAAGCUUAACUGGCCAGAGUGCAGAUGAGAAGCAGACUCUAAAUUUAAAGUGUUGUUUUUGUCCUAUAAAGCCUUAGGUGGCUCAGGACCUCAGUACCUUAGGAACUGCUUCUUCCUGCCUAGACCUACUCAGACCCUGCACUUGUCAUCUGAAGCCCUCCUCCAAGGGAGGGGCAGAGGGUGCCAGCACGAGAUUGGGCCUUCUCAGAGGUGGCUUGCAAGUGUGGAAUGCUCUCCCCAGAGAGAUGUACCACGUUCCAUCACUACCUAUAUUUAGACCACAUUCCUUUUCAUCCAGGCAUUUUGCUCUUAAUUGAUGUUCAUCUUUUAGUAGAUUAGGGAUGAUUUGCCCUUUUUAUAUUAUUACAGGAUGAGUAAUUUUAGUCAAUUAAUGUUCUUUUAUCUUUUUUAUUUAUUUUGAAUUUUGUAUCAUGUAUGCUUUUAUAAUUGUAAGUUGCUUUGAGACAUUUUUUGUAACAAGCAACAAAUAAAUAUAAUACUAACCAUAUAUUAUUGUUAUUGUUAAUAUCAGGCUGCCAAUCCAUUGUGUAUCCAGUUCACCACAAAUUUCAUCUAAGACACCUAACAAAGCAUGUUACUUAUUAAUAUUCAUAAAGGGGGAAAAGAAGAAACAAAUAUAGUGAUGGUAAUUUCUAGAGUUCAGUUGCACCUUUUGUGGCUUCUUAUUCAGAGCUGUGUGCUUCUAUCUUGCAAUCAUUUGGUUUCCAGGCACGAGGCAGGCGCAAAUCUAAAUCCCGGUUAACAGCAGAUCGUCUGGUGGGUCUGACGGUGGAACAGAAAUGUGACAUAGCACAACGGGAGCUGGAGGAGACGAAGGAAGACGUUCAGAGGUUAAAGGAAAAUUCAGAAAGGCUGUUGCAGAACUACCUGGUAUAGUUGCUCUGGGACAGGAAGAGGCAUGUGUUGUAUCGCUGUACUGAAGUGUGUGUUCUCUCCUCAUUGAGGCACCUGUUCAUGCCAGGUCAAAUUUAGUAAGUGAGCAGUGGUAUGCCAUUUUUGGCCCACUCAGUAGUAUCUGGUGAUUCAGAUGAAGAGGCACUUUUCUACCAAUCAAACUUAUAAUCCAAAGGCAGUUCAUUUAGUCAAGGCUGUAGACAACUGGUCUUCUUGAGAAGCGGAAGGCAGGAAAUGAUGGCACUUGAUAACAUUAAAACACUGGGCUUCAAGAUCCCCUGUAUUUUCUGGGCUUUAGCGCUGAUCUUGUUAUACAUUUCUGUGCAGUAGUACUUUGGGAAAGGCUUAAAAACACCAAUUUAUGGACACUCCAAGGAGCUGUGGGCUUAUAAAAGCCAUAGUUAAGGGGAGGAACUGCCUUUUAAAAGACUGUCAGUUUUGCUGUUGAUUGGGAAGAUACAUGCCAGGCUGCCUCUUGCAGAAUGUCAGAAUAUUCCUCUUUUGUGUAUUUUACAAUAGAUGCUGAAGAGCUAAAACUUGGGUUAAAUGUCUCUUUUCUGGAUACUUAAACCUGGAGUGCAUAGCUGGCCAGAGUGGGUGGCUGUUUAUUUUGUCUGCCAAUGAAACCACUCUUUUCCUCAUUCAGUAUUUCAGUAUUAUAAACACAGCAGGAGCUAUGGCAUGAGAAAUACAGCUGAAGUGCUUGGCAGUGCCAUUUGCUCACACAGGCUCUUAUGCAUGGAGUUUGGGGAGCCCAGUUAGGGUUAGUUCCAAGAUUAUCAGUUGCAAUAACAUGGUCAGGUUUGGAAAGCUUUUCCAAUGGAAUGUGACUUUCAAGGUGGGAACUGAGCAAGGGAGAUAAACAAAAACAUUAUUUGGGCCUGCACCAUCUGCCCUGUGGGAAGGAAAGGGGGGAAGCAAGAGAGGCAGGAAACAUCAGUGCCUGCUCCGUUGGACUCACCCACUCAUAGGCAACUUUACAUUUUAUAUCAUGUGUUGGAUUGCAAUUUUAAAAUACUAAAAGAACCCUGGGUGCCUUGGCAGAAAGGCAGCAUAUAAAUGUAGUAAAUAAAUAAUUGCUGGACAUCUUACCAUCAGUUAGGCAUUGCUCAUUAACAGUCAUAACAAUUAAUGGUCUUGGGCAAGGAGUUCAGCUGGAGUACCACAGCCAAGCCAUUCAUGUUUGCCACCUACUGCUUGCUGCUGGUCUCCACCUUUUUAACUCAAGAGUUUACAGAACACAAUGCUUUGUCCCCGGGCAGCAGCUGGUCAGCAUGGUUUUCCAUGAGAACAAAUCAAUGACAUGCAGCCUUCCUUUACUGACGGUGCAAUCUGAAUUUGGCAGGCUGUCCUGGAGGAAGCAGACAUCCGCCUAGUUGACAUUAAGAAAGCUGUGCAGGACUUUGACAAAGAUAUAGUCAAAACCAUCACCAAGAAGAAAGGGAGUGUCAUCGCCUCUGAAAAAGUGCUAAGAUACAUGGAAGAUAGGAUACGCUACAGGGUAAGUGGAGAGAACAUUGAGGAGUCCCACCAGCUGCUCUCAUUUUGCUCUGUUAGCCGACUGAGAACCUUGGUAAAACAGCCUGAUAGUGGGACCGUCAGUGUCUCUAAUCGUCCUGCAUAUGUUCUUGUUUUGUUAGAUACCAGCAACUGAGUGCAGUAGCCUGUAGACAUCAUGGUGGAUCCCACCAAACAGUGGCAUACAUUCAGACGCCUUAAGCAAUCUUUGUCAUUCAGAGGAGGACUUCCUGAGAAAUGUGUCUAUUUCAGAGCAUUCUUAUUCCAUAGAAUACAUAUCUUGACAUUAUAAAGCUGAAUCAGUAGAUAGGAUGGAUAUUUAUCAUUAAAGAACCAUACCUAACCCUGUACCUGUAGCCUUAACAUGCAGAAAUAAAACAGGUAAAGCUCAUCCUCCUAUCUCCAUGCCAGCUUCACCACAUUUCUACAUGUUAUAUUACAUUUCAGCCUGGUAAAUACAUAGGAGUGGGGCCAAUGAAAAAGAUGGCAACUGUAUCUAUGAAGUCCCAGUUCUGAUCUUCAUCAACUUUUCCUCUAUUCAGUCUUUCAGAGAAUGGCUAUUGCCUGUGCAAGGCAAUAGCAAUAAUAAUGAGCAGCUGCCAUUCCUUCUAGUUUAACUGCAUCAGGGUUGAGAGCUGUUUAUACACAAUUAUACACAAUUGUAUAAUUGCUCAAAAUACUUAUGAGAUGCACCUAACUCUUUGGCCUAAAAUAGAGUUCUGUGCAACUCAAAAGUCUUCACACAUGUUAGAGUUGAGAGGCAAUUCCAUUUGGAUACAUGUAAGGUCCAAGGCAAAGCAGCAUUCCUGUUAUUACCUGGGAGUUUCCUCUGGAGAGCUUUGCCGCCAGGAGUGAUUGGUCACAGCCUGCAGGGUAAGUGCUCAUCUCCCAGCCACACAUAAAGUACAUGUAAAUGCAGGCAAACUUUAGCAGCAAGCCUGAGAAAGAAAUUAGGUGACUUUCUUUUUCAGGAUGUACUGAAAGAGAAAAUUCGUUUGAAAAAUGAUUCCCUGAAAGUCCAGAAGAAGAAGAUGCAAAUGCAGCUCAAGCAGGUGCGUAAACUGCAAGUUUGUGAAGCUGCAUCUCAACAGGCCAGUCUCGCCUCAGGUGUUCCAUUGCUUGGUGUCCCAUGCAUUCCAUGUUGUUGCUCAUUGAUCAGGAGUAUCUCCAUAAGUAGAACACCAGAAUCAUCAAUUCAGAAAGAGCACCCAACAUUUGGAACAUGUCCUCUUUUAAAACCAUCCAAAUUUGACUAUCACUGCCUCCUUUGGGAGCAAGUUCCACAGGUUAACUGUGCACUACUGUAUGUGAAGAAAUGCUUUCUUUUAAAUGUCCUGAAUCUUCCAACUUUCAGCUUCAUUGGAUGUUCUAGUAUUAUGAGAGAGGGAACAAAACUUUUACCUGCUUUCUCCAUGCCAUGCAUAACUUUAUAAACUUAUAUCCUUUCACCUCUUAAAUGCCUUUUCCCUAAACUAAAAGGUCCCAAACACUGCAACCUUUCAUGGAGGAGUCACUCCAUCCCCUUGAUCAUCUUGGUUGCUGUUUUCUGAACCUUUUCCAACUCUACAAUAUCCUUUCUGAGGUGAGGCAACUAGAACUGUACACAGAGAAACCUGCUAUGUACUUGGGCUCCCUGGUCAGUGACCCACACUGUUCUCGGUUGGUCUGCAGAAGGAGGAACUCGGGGAGGCACUACACGAGGUCGAUUUCCAGCAGCUGAAAAUCGAGAAUGCUCAGUUCCUGGAGAAGAUUGAUGAGCGGAACCAGGAGCUGCUGCAACUGAAGCUGACUGUGGGCAACGCUAUCCAGGUCCUCAAUUUCUACAGAGUAAGUAGAGCAGUCCCACAGUACUCUCUCUCUCCCCUGCUCUUUGGUUCCCCAUACAUGGCUUAAGAUGGCUGCUGGAAGAGACCUGGGAUCCAACUGCCUGCACUUCCCUACUGAGGGGGACAGUGCUGCUGUAGACCAAAGCUCUGCUCUGUAACCAGCAAUUAUUCUGCUAAGGAGUAAACACAGCUUUUCCUCCAUCUCUUCCGUUGCAGAGCAGAGUUCCAAUGGUCAGAAACAUUGUGCAAGAGGGUUAAAUGCUCCCUUCUCCAAACUGCAUUCUCAUUCAUGAUUCUCCCCCACCUGCCCAUGCCCUCUGCAAUGGGGGUAGGGGUGCUGAUAUAAAAGCAAUGCUUUUUGGACAGGGAGAGUUAAAUUGAUCAAGUUGAUUCCUAGAGAAGAGGGACAGAGAAUAGGAAAGGAAAUGGCAACAGUCCAGAAAAUGGCCAGAACAAUUUAAUCAGCGAGAAUAGAAGUGGAGGAAGGGGGUAUAUUCACUUGGGUAAUUGUGUGCUAUUGAAUUGGGGUUUUUUAAAGUUGAAUAUUCUGGGCUCUGAAAAGAAAAAGAGGGGGAACUGAGUAUGGGGAACAUGAUGUUUGUUCAUGAUGUCAUGCAAAUAACCUGUAGAAAAUGAGUGUGUAAAGCAUAGGACCCAACGUCUAGGGGCCGAUCUCCCUUUGGUCCCUCCCACUAAAAUAUUUGAGGGGGCUGUGCCCCCUCCCCAAGUUGAUGGGCAUUGCCAUUCAAAUGGUGUGCAUGAGCCAUGUCUUGGGAUCAAUUAUGCGGGUCAGAGCUUACCUGCCCCCUCCCCCAUAUUUUAUUCAAGUUGGUACCCCUGGUAAAGCUUGGCUAUUCUGCAGUAAAUGUCUAGUGUGGAAGCAAGCUAAAAGAAGGUCUGAGUCUCUCUGUCUCUCUCUCACACACACACAUCCUGAAAGAGGCACCAUUUUGGACUAGUGGGUACCUUUUGAAUUUUGAAUUUAGGGGCUCCAGGCACAAAAUGGCUACCAUGGGGGGGGCUUGGCAUAAUGCAAAAUUGGAGGGACAACUGUCCCUGAAACCUUAUGCUUACCAUGGGAAGCUUCCCCCACCCCAAAGGAAGAUCCCACUGUGUGCAAAUGAGCCUAUAAGAAUCAAAACGGUGGGACUUGGUCCAGGAGGUUGUAUCAUCCUGGGCCAAACUUAGAGGAGGAUGAGCCUAGGGACACAGGACUCUUGGUCCAUUUGGCUCAAUAAUGUCUGCACCAACUGACAGCUGUUCUCCAGGACUUCAGACUCAGGGGCCAUUCCUAGCCCUUCCUGGAGAAUCCAUCGAGAGUUGAACCACGAACCUUCUGCAUUCCAAGCAGAUGCUCUUAACCUCUUAGCUUUGGCCCUUUCCCAAAAGCUUCUGGAGCAUAUUUCACUGUCCAGAAGAAGGGAUUUCAGCAGGAGUCUCUUUUUCUGCAUCUCUUCAAAUCUCUUCUUUGCACUACUGUCUUCAUUUUCACUUGGGCAUUAUUCCCAGGGAAUAAUCCUGAUAUAUCACCAGCUAAACAUUGCAAUAUAUCAAUAUAUCACAAUAUCUGAAAUAAGGAUGGAACUUUGUAAAGGCGAACAUAAUUUUGUGAACAUACUUUAUACUUCCAUUCUGGAUUUAGUGUCUGUGCUGGCUACUGAAACCUCAUUUUCCAGUUACAGCUGUUCCGUGUGUGGCCAGGUAGCAUUCAGACAUGCAAAGUAAAUCUGGAUGCUGCCUUCUGAAAGUUCCUUCUGCUUAGGUAGACACAGGCCAUCCAACCUUCUUUUCACUCUCAGUCUGGAUCAACUUGUUUUAUUUCAGAAGAAACUGUAUACCGCAAUGACCCUGGCCACCAACCUGGUGAAAGAUAUUGCCCAGAGAAAGGAGUCUCUGGAAAAAAUUGAACAUGAGGCCAUCCUCGUUGAGGAGGUAGGACUGAAGGGAGGGACAGGAGCUAUUUAACUGCAAGCAAAGGUUUUAAAGUAACAGUGACAGGAUCAACUUACUGGGAUUAUUUGUGAAUGAUGGUGUUGCCGCCAGGAACAAUGUCCAGUUUACUGGCUCCUAAUGUAUUUUUAUUAUUUUUUAUUGUUAAUGCAUGUGAUUUUUCAGGCUUGUGAGUCAAAGUAGAGCAAAAAUGAUCCCAGGAGAAAAAUCAGUACACUAAGGGAGGACUUUGUAUUAUCUGGGAACUAAUUUGCUUGCUAUAAGUGAUGCUGAAAAGCCUGGACAGGGACUUUCACAUUUUCAGGAAGAAAAGUGUGAAUGGUUGCAAACUGAAGAUGGUUUAUUUGCGUGGAUCAAGAGGGGGAGUCCUCUGACUAAGGAAAGAAUGUCAGGAAAGGCUCAGUGCCUCUUUAUCUUCCGUGGGUUGUACGUUCAGGAUAAACAGCUAUUUCCCUUACUCAGAAAAUAGGGUGGGUUACCAGCAGGAGCCCUGCAGUGUCUGGCUUCAGAUGAAAACGGCCAGUCAUCAGGUGCAGGUGCUUCCCCCAGAGUAAAGGACCGGUGCAGGGUCCAACUACAUAUUACAGUGAAGAUCUGUGAUCAGCUCUCCAAACAUUUUUAUUUUUACUUUAAAGAAGUCACUGGGGGUUCUGAAUGUGAUUGGUGUAUUGAUGUUGGAUGAAGAGGUGUUUAGCCCUUUCUCCCCCUGCCAUUUCCCUGAUCUAAAUUCCUGUCCCCACCCCACCCCAUACAAUGCAAUGAAAUAAAACUAAAGAGAGUCUCUCAUCAAAAUACUUUUCUUUUUUCCUUUUUUUUAUAGGAACGGUUCAAAGCCGAGGUCCUGAACAAAAAGCUACGGAAACAACUGGCAGAGUACAAAGUGCCCCCUGUCCUCGACUAUGUCCAUGAGAAGAUGGCAGUACAUGAACUGGAGAACAUCAUCAAGAUCUGGGAGAGGAAGGUGGAAAUUGCAGAGGUAUGAGCAUGCUGGUCUUACAUCUGGGCACCUGUGCCACAGGGGUGACCACAGCGAGGUCUGUGUUAAACCUCUGUUCUGCCUCUGAACACAAACUUGGCACUGAUGUGGGCAAUAUGUGGCCAAGUGCCUCAUUGUUAUACUCAACACCAGGUUAAAGAGAGGUAAAAUUCCCUAUUGGAAAAGGGUGUUCAGAUUGUGUGCAGGAAGUGGAGUUGGGGAUCAGUGUAGGGAUAGCCCUGAACUUGAAGAGAUGUGGCUAUGGACAAAAACUCCACUUUCAACCUGUUGCCUUUGGCAUAUCCUUUCUUGUCCUUGUUCUCUCCCUUGCUGGUUUGCAGAGCAGGGUUUUAUUUAAGCUUUCUAGGAUUGUGAAGGUGGCAGUAGAGCAUCAGGAAGUAGAUAAGCCUGCAGAUAGUGGAUGCUGUUUCUGGAGCACUCUGAAAUGAUAUUACUCCACGGUGCAGAUACAGGAGGAGAAGCGGCCUCUCUGUAUAUGUGUGGUUUUUUCUCCUUGCUUGGAGUUUAAAAGAGGAGCAGAAUGAGGAUGAGCAAGCAAGAGAGGGCCAGGAACAGCUGAUCCACCCACCUUAGGGGCAGGAACUUAGAGAGCAUUUGUCAUUUAGGGUAAAUAGAAGGCAUGCAAUAGUUGUCCCCCUCCCCCUUGGUCUGGGUUUUCUUUCUCAGUCUCUCUCUCUGUCCCUCACUCCCAGCUCAGUUUCUUACUGCUUUCCUCUUUUCCCCUCUUCCGUCUCACAGAUGGCCUUGCGGGGCUACCAGAGUACUUGGCACAAGGCAAAGCUGGCAAGUCAACAGCUGCAGGCUCUUCUCCCAGAGCAAGGGAGCAACUGAGAAGGAGAGAGCUGGACAAAGGCACUUUACCAAGGGCACAGUUGCCUAGCCUUGGAAGAGAACAGUAGUCCCUGUAGCACAUGCCUCCUGCUUCCUCUGUCUUCUUUGGCUCUCUCUUCCUGACAAGGUAUUUGCACCAGGGUCUCAGGACCCCUGCAGUUGUUGUCCCCUUUCCCUUUCUGCUCCCCUGUGAUGAGUUACUUUAUAAGUCAUCAAUAUAUCUGGCUAUAUUUACCACUUUGGAGUCAUUUCAUACCACAUGGUUCUAAGGAGAUUGAAUAAGGAGGGUUUGAAGUUUAAUUGUCCAAAUGGGACUUCUGGGGAAAUGACAGAUGAGCAUAACAGCACUCACCAUAUCUCAGCUGUGCAUUUCUCAGAAAUGUCUGCUGCUUAACCUGCCACCAUCCAGCAUGUCAGAAGACAGGGCAUGAGGCUUUUAGAGAGGAGGCCUUCAGGCUGGCCUAACUUGGCUGUAGAAACGGGAAGAAGCUCCCCACUGUAGUAGUCAUAAUAGAUGGGAUCAGACUGCUUGGCCCGUGACUCAGCUGGCCCUUCUGGGAGCUCCUGGCUGUCUUCUGUGAGGUGCUCUGUAUGAUUAAGGCUGGUGUGGUCUGAGAAGUCAAUGGCUCUCUCCUCCCCAAUGGGUUCAAAUAUCCCUUCGCCCUCCUCCAUGGGAGGUCUGAAGGGGCUGUGUCUUGAGUCAGGGAUGGGAGAGGCCGGAGCUCCCCACUUUGCUGUGGUGGUCACAAUCCAGUCGCCAUAGGAAGACACUCUGGUGUAGAGAAACGGCCCAUAGCAUCUCAUACCGCCCUUGGUCAUCACUCCCUUCAGCACCCACUGCCUUGUUCCAUCUGCCUGGCACAUGACCGGGUUGCCUGGGUAUCCCUUUGGAAGAGGAAAAAAGCAAAGGUGCCUUUAUUUAUUCAUUUCAAAUACCUCUCCCCCACCUCUCCACAUGCAGUUCAAGACAACUGACAGAGAAAUCAU